CAGAAAUCACAUGCAUUUGUACAAAAUUAUCUUCUUAGCCUAAAAUUCUUACAAAGCCUUUAUUUCUGAUAUCAUUAAAAAGAGGUGUCAGCUCUUUAUAAUACCAUUUUCAAGAACCAAGAAUGGCUGGUGGGCAAUUGAAACCUGUUGCUUCUUUGCUUUUGGUCCUUAAUUUCUGCAUGUAUGCUGUUGUUUUAGGGAUUGCUGGCUGGGCCAUGAACUUUGCCAUUGAUCAUGGUUUCAUCAUUGGUGCAGAUUUUGAUCUUCCAGCACAUUUCUCUCCAAUUUACUUCCCAAUGGGGAAUUCUGCCACUGGAUUCUUUGUUGUAUUUGCUUUGAUUGCAGGUGUGGUUGGAGUUGCAUCUCUUCUCUCUGGGCUCAACCAUAUUCGCCAGUGGAACAUCGACAGCUUACCAGCUGCUACUUCUGCUGCAGCUAUUGCCUGGAGUCUUACACUCCUUGCCAUGGGCUUUGCAUGGAAAGAAGUUCAACUCAACUACAGGAAUGCCAAAUUGAGAACAAUGGAAGCAUUCUUAAUAAUUCUAUCGUUUACUCAAUUGGUAUACAUCAUGGCCAUUCAUGGUGCUUCAACAAGGAGAUAAAUAAACUUGGAGAAAAUGAGUCAUAUCGCGUGGAAUGUGUUGAACUGUUGAUUGAGAUUGCUGCUGCUUCUUUUUUCUGUUUUUGUAAGGGUUCUUUGUUUGUUUUGCCAAUUUCUUUGUUUCAUUUAUUCUUGUGUACAAAGUUGGCCAGAGCAUGGCUGUUUGUAUCUAAAAUACCUUUAGUAUUGGAAUUGUAAGAAGCAAAUAAGUGAUGCACAAAUACUACUCUCCAUUGGCUUUUUCCAGAAAA